GCAAAAUAAAACGGUGUUGUGAAAUCAAAGCAAAAAAAAAAAAAAAACACAUUACAAAGGGGAAGGGAAGGGUCGUGCGUGCGUGAGAGAGAACAAGAGCGCACUUCAAUCGACCGACGCAUUCAUAUUUCAUCAAUCUUCUUUCUUCCUCAUCUCUCUCUCUCUCUCUCUCUCUCAGCUCGAGGAGAGUUCUGAGAUCCUGUUAAAUUUAUGUAAUUUAGAUCUCACAUAGACGAGCAGGGGUUGAGGUUAGACAGAGAGUAAUCGUCUGGAUCUUAAGCGGGAAGAGGUUUUGCUUUUGGAAUGCGUUGUUGGUCUCAUCUUAUUGUUUGAUUGAGGUUUUAGCUCAGUCUAGAGAAUUCGUUAGUUUGGGAAAGGCCUAUACAGAACGGGAUGGCUGAGUGCAGCGUAUGUCGUUCAAGGUUGGCUUCUCCCAGUAGCAGAGCUAUAUCAAGGGCUUAUGAUAAACACAAGAUUAGAGUCUCUUCUAAACAAAAAGCCCUCAAUGUCCUUUUGGUAGUCGGUGACUGCAUGCUAGUUGGUCUACAGCCUGUGUUAGUGUAUAUGUGUAAAGUGGAUGGAAAGUUCAACUUUAGUCCUAUUAGCGUCAACUUCUUGACAGAAAUCGCAAAAGUUAUUUUUGCCAUUGUCAUGCUAUUAUUCCAGGCCAGACACCAAAAAGUUGGAGAGAAGCCUCUACUAUCUCUUUCUACGUUUGUCCAGGCAGCUCGGAACAAUGUGCUUCUCGCUGUUCCAGCAGGGCUGUAUGCCAUUAAUAACUACCUUAAGUUCACAAUGCAGCUAUAUUUCAAUCCUGCUACUGUGAAGAUGCUCAGCAAUCUAAAGGUUCUUGUAAUUGCUGUACUACUGAAGAUGAUAAUGAAGCGGCGGUUUUCCAUUAUACAGUGGGAAGCACUUGCGCUCUUGCUGAUAGGGAUUAGUGUAAAUCAGCUGCGUUCUCUUCCUGAAGGUGCUACUACUGUGGCUGUUCCAAUUGCUACGGGUGCAUACAUCUGUACCUUUAUCUUUGUUACUAUCCCAUCUUUGGCAUCCGUCUACAACGAGUAUGCUCUAAAGAGCCAGUACGACACAAGCAUUUAUCUUCAGAACAUAUUUCUCUAUGGUUAUGGUGCGAUAUUCAACUUUCUGGGAAUAUUAGGAACUGUUAUAUAUAAAGGUCCUGGCAGUUUUGACAUCCUACAAGGUCAUUCUAGAGCUACUAUGUUUCUGAUAGUGAACAACGCAGCACAAGGGAUUCUAUCCUCCUUUUUCUUCAAAUAUGCAGAUACAAUCUUGAAGAAAUAUUCAUCCACAGUUGCCACAAUAUUUACUGGGAUAGCAUCAGCAGCACUCUUUGGACAUGUGUUAACCAUGAAUUUCCUUCUGGGGAUUUCUAUAGUUUUCAUUUCAAUGCAUCAGUUCUUUUCACCCCUUUCAAAAGCUAAAGAUGAGCAACAAAGCGGAAACCUAGAAUUAGUUAAGGAAAAGGAUGGUCAUGGGGCUAAAGAGUCAUUAUUCAUCAACAUGGCAGCGGGAGCAAAUGAAGAGGCUAGUCACCGAGUUGAAUCAGACGACCGAGAGCCACUUCUUCCCAGAUAAAAACAUCUCCACGAUUUUUGUUACGAAGAAUUCUUUUGGGCAAGAUUAUUUUAGAGAUCAGGGGAUUUCGAUGGUAUACUAGUAGCCGGAUUCAGCGCAAUAAACUACUUCCGUGAGAGGUUGAGUCCUUUCGCCGUGCUGCAAUUCACCUCCAAAGAGUUAGUUAAGUUCGUUAAGAAACAUCUGUAUUCUUUCUUCAGAUCAUAGAACAAUACAAACUUUUACUACUCAUCGUUAUAUGUAUUUUUAAAAAUCUAUUGCUU